AAAAAAAAAAAAAAAAAAAACUGUUUACCUAGCGCUUUCUUUGCAUCGUUUCUUCAAGAGAUCCCAGAGAUCACUGCCACAUGUACACGAAACUGCGUACCUGCAACGCCUUCUGUGUUCGACAUGGCGGCGCUGACAUCAGCUCAGAUUGAGCUAGCCAAUUCCCUCACUCCGGCCGAGUUGCCUACUAAGCUACGAUGCGCCGUGUGCAGUAAAUUGGCCGUAAACGCUUUCAGAUUACCUUGUUGCGAGACUGCUAUAUGCGAGAAGUGUCAAUCCACUCUGCCCUCGGUUUGCCCGGUCUGCGAGCACUCUCCUGUUUCCGCCUCCGAUUGUACCAUCUACAAGUCCCUUAGAACCACCAUUAGGGUCUUUUUGAAGACAGAGGAAAAGAAGCGAGAAGCCGCCCGACCUAAAACCAACGGAUCUACGCCGACUACGCCUGCGCAGGAUACACCGACCCCAACUCAGACACGUACUCCCACCGAACAACUUCCUACGAAUAAUGUUUCCGAUGUGCAACCUAGUGCGGAGCCUAAAUCUGCGGAUCCCGUGCCAGCUUCUGGCGCAGUUGAUGCCGAGGCGCCCUCAGCCACCGAGCCGAAACCGGCGGAUAUUGAUGCUCAGCCUAAAGAGGAUGAGUCCGCGAACGAGCCAGCCCCAGAGCAGCCUACAGUAGAAGAUGAGUCCGAAGCCGUCGUCCCCCACGACCAGGAAGGCCAAGGCCAGGAUGGAGCAGCUGUAGAGGAAGUCCGAGAAGCAGACGAGGAGGGCGAUGGCAAGGACCAGUUAGUGCAGCCCGGUAUGGGUUCUAGCUUCGACUCUAUGAAUGGAAGUUUUAAUAUGAGCUUCGGCAAUGGGGAUUUAAACCAAAUGCAGAUGAUGAUGGCCAUGCAAAAUGGAAUGAACCCAGCCGCUUUCGGUUCUUUCCCUAUGAUGGGAAUGAUGGAUCCCAUGGCGAUGCAGAAUAUGAUGAUGAAUGGUGGUUUUGGUGCGCAGGGCAUGGGCAUGAACGGCAUGAACAUGAACAUGGGCAUGAAUGGGUUCAGUGGAGGCGGCAAUGACUGGAACGGACAACAAUCAUGGAACAUCGGCCAAGAUAAUUUCAAUCCAAAUGCUCCUGGAAUGGGAAAUGGUGAUUUUGGCAACUUUAAUGCUGGCUUCCGUACAGGCUUCAAUUCAGGUAAUUUUGGCCACCACAACCAGUUCAAUGAUUACCGCCGAGGGAAUUACGGAUACCGAGGUCGCGGCCGUGGCCGUGGCUUCUACGGAGGCUACGGUCGUGGUUACCAUCAUGGAUAUAAUAACGGAAACCAAGGAUGGGCCGGGCAGGCUCCUCAACUUCCUGGCGAUAAAGAUGACCCUGGCGUACAGGAUGUUUCUCAGGUAGCAGAACAGGCUCCCGGCAGUGUGGACGAGUUUGGCCGAGCACUACGAGCAGAGCCAAAUCAAGACGCACAAGCAGCCGGUGAGAAUGGGGACGUCGAAGCGGGAAAUAGCCGUAAUAGUGUCGCUGCUAAUGGAACCGACAAGCUAACACUGGGGAACACUGAAAUACCUAUGGAAGACGGGUCGCAAUCUGCGCAGGGUAACUCCGCAAAUAAUAAGGGUGAUGUAUCUGUAUCCUCUAGAGAUCAGCAUUCAGCACCUCAAGGUCCUCGUGGAAAUGCUGGCCCAUUGCGUCUUCAAACAUCGGUACCAGACGUGCCGUUGAAUGCACCUACUGGGCCAAAAGCCAUGCGGCAGGGCCUUCCUAACACUAGCCUUCUCAACUUAAGAGCCCGUGGUCUCAUCACUGAUGAAAAGAGUCCCAGCUCACGUACUAAUCAACCUCCAAUCGUGGCAAGCCCAGUGGAAGAUAAACAUAAAUCACGGAGUAGUUCUCCACAGUCUUCCAGGGACAAGGAGCGUCGACAUCGUGAACGUGAUCGAGAAUAUGAUGAAGAGGAAAAGAGUAGGGGGCAUCGCCGUGAUAGAGACCGUGACCGUUCUAGAACGUAUACAGGGUCCAGGAGUCGAAGUCGCAGCCGCAGCAGGGAUCGUAGGGAGUCCCGUAAGCAUAGACGACAUCGUUCCCCGUCUGUUUCUGAAGAUGAUCGCGAUGGUGGUCAUCGCCGUCGCAGACAUAAGAGCAGAAAGCAAUCUACUAGAAAUGAUGACGACUAUAGAGGUCGAUCAAGAGAUGAAAAGCACGAUGAACGGUCCAGAUCGGCCUCCCCUGCGGAUCGCGAACAUAGGCGUUCAAGCCACCGGAGUCGUCGCGAUAGAGAUGAGAAACGUCGAGACCGCGAUGCCGAAAAGGAUAGCGACUACGAUCGGCAUCGAAAAUCUGGCCAUAGAUCCCAUCGGGAUCGAGACCAGGACCGCGAACGGGACAGAGAACGAGAAAAAGACCGCGGUAAGGAUCGCGCUCGCGAUUACGAAGAAGAUCGGGGUCAUCGCAGCAGCAAGAACUCGAGCGCCUUGCCGACACCGAUAGAACCAUCCGACAAAUCAUUUAAUCCCCCUACAGGACCUCGAGGCAGCUUCUCGAUUAAGGGGGCUAGUAGUAAACAGGCUUCAGUAUCUGAUAGCAAGGGUACUAGCAGCAAGCCUUCCAGCUCGAGCAGACGCGAAGGCGAGUUAUCUCGCCGUGCCUCCCAGUCGUCGGCUGCAGUUCAGAAGCCUGCAUCCAACGCAACAUCGAAAGACCCUCAUACACUAGAGCGUGAGGCCAGAGACCGCGAGCGACUCCUCAAAGAAGCGCAGAGAAUGGCAACUAUCGGUCGUGGUAGCGGCGUUAAGCGUAGUCGCGACGGCGGAGAAGACCGCGGUAGUCGCCGAAAGAGCCGUCGCAGCGAGGCGGUAAAUAUGGAGGAUGAGGAAGGUCGCAUGAGACGCUUAGAAGCAGAGCGCGAAGGGCGCCGCUGGGACUAGUAUGCGGCAGGCAUUACCUCGAGCAAAAAAAGAAGAAGGCGUCGAAAAAGACCGGAGGCACAGAGAUGGUCGAAGGUCGGAAGUCACGGUAUAAGAGAUAAUAUUACUUUGAGGAGCUAAGCCCCUCCCAGAUCUCUCCAGGGUCCGAAUUUCGAUGCCGGAGAGGCUUAGCACGAAGCUUUUCUCUAUUACGAGUUGUUUCCCCGGGGGGCAUGAAGUAAAAGAAGAAAAACUGAAGCUGUUGUUUUCUUGAUUUCAUUCCAAGCUGUACCAUAUUGCAUUCAUGAGCGAGGGGAGGUCCACUACACUACAUACAUGCAUUCUUGUACUCGGGCAAAACAAUAGCAUACCGUCCAUAGGAAGGGGGGGCUUAGAUAUACUAUGGGGUUCGAAAGCAUUGGGCCUAGAAGAGACAAGUGUUGACGGUUGAGAGUGAACAGCGAGUCUAACUAUAAUAACGAAGCAAUACGGUCUUAACCGAGACUCGUACUUACCAGAUAGUUAAUCCAAAACGCGUCUUUGCCGAUGACUUCAGGAGCAAGACU